AUGCAGCGGCGGGUGCGGCUUCUACGCCAUGUCGGCUCUGGUCAGAUGGAGAGAAUGGCUUCCUCCUCCUCUCCCAGCGCCUUCUCCCCCACCGACACUGACGGAGCUCAUGCCGCCGGAUCGAGCGGAGUAGGAUUGAAGUGCAAGGUGUCAGGAGGGCAGGUGGUGAUUAUCGACGUGGAGCAGAACAGCUCAGCACAGGAGGCUGGACUCUGUGUGGGAGACCUGCUAGUAGAAGUGGACGGGAAGGCGACAAGGACGAUGUCCGGGCAAGAACUGGCGGCAGCGAUCCGAGGCCCUGAGGGAACCUCGGUAGAGCUGCUGCUCCAAGUUGAGGACACUUCUCUGCAUGCAACGAUCAAGGCCGAGGAAAUGAAGUUCGAUCAUGAACAACAAUCAUCAGAUGAGAACGUCAAGAAAAUCAGCUUGAAGAGGAAAUGGAUGAGCGGCUGCAGAUCUUUCGAAGGAGAUGUCGGUCUUGUUCUCAGCAGAGCAGGCGAGAGCCUUGUCAUCGUCGACGUCGCUCCUGGCAGUCCUGCAGAAGCUUGCAUGCAGCAAGGAGAGUCGCUAGUCGGGCACAGGCUGACGGCAGUCGAUGACCACGAGGUGACUGGGCACCAAGAGACGUUGAAACAGCUCAGAGGCGUUGCUGGCACUGAGAUCCACAUCACUGUAGAUACAAGCAUCCAUGAUGACUUGCCUCAAUACACCUCGAUGUUCCUUGAUGUCUCUUGCAGCUUCCAGCGAGCUGAUCUGACGAGCAGGCCUGCUGGUUCAAACGUAGCUCCGACGUCUCCUGCCAAUGAUCUCUUUGCAUGCAUUCAAAUGGCAGCAAGAAGGAGAAACGUGACAGGGUCUAGUCACUCUCACUUUCAAUUCAAAGUCUGGGUUCUUGCUGCUGACACCAGACUGAGCGACUUCGAAGAAGUUCAAGACUUUGUUUGUAACUACUGUGAGACAUCUGGAAAGUACACGCGAAUGCAACAAUUCGAGGACAGUCUCCCAUCGUCGCCGCAGCUUUAUCUGAAUUCUGCCAUGACGCCGAGAUCAACGAAUGAAGAAGGACACCCAGAGCAAAGUCAAUCAAGACAAGUCUUUCAGAGAAUACUUCAUCUCAAGAUGACAGAAGACGAGGACAGGUCGCACUUGCAGGUCACAGAGAAGCUCUGGGAAGAGAUUGUCAUCGACCAGCAUGUCAACCUGCUGGUUUGUGUGAGGGCAGUUGCAACCGGCGGAGAUCAGAGGGCGGUGGGUCAAACCUUGUUGAAGAUGAAGCCAUCAAGCACUACCGACGUUCAGAUGAAACUUCAAGCUGAGAGCGGAAAGAUUGUGGAGAAAGUCGACAUAAGCCUGACAAUCAGCACAUGUCAGAUAAACAACAUCUCAACGCACAUUUUUGAAUAUUCUGUACAUCUUCCAUCGGAAUUGUCUCUGAGUUACAUUCAAGCAAAGAGAGAAUCAUUGCACAAUGAGAUUAUCUCGAACUUACAAACAAAUUGGAUUCAAAUUCAGAUCCUCUCUGGUUCAGGUGACGACAAGUAUCAUCGGCUCCGCAGUAUCAUCUCUCUCAAUGUCAACGAGGAUUUACACGAGGACAAGAUGGUCGAUGAGAUGCUGAGACAGAUAUUGGAAGAGAAUGUAAACUUCUCAUCGAUCCAACGACAGGAUGAGAAAAUUGGCAUGAAACACUUCUCUGUCCUGGUCAGGAGCACACCGCAAGAGCCCUUGAGACCUAGCCAGGACGAUGUCGCCGGGCUCGUGGGUGAGCUGCAUGAAGUCUGCUCGUCGAUCGCGGCAGCUCUGGAGGCCAUGGCGAUCAAGCUCUCGGACCUGAGGCCCUACCGCCCUCUUAGACCUCACGACUCAAACCCAAUGAGCAGCUGGGCCCCUGCUGACUGCAUGCAAAGGGUGGACCUGAUGGACAGCCAGGACAGGCACGAGCUGCCCAGCAGGACUGUGAGACGGCGGUCAGAGGAGCUGGAGGACACGUUCGAGAGCUUGUCUCCGGAUCAGCUUCGCAACGUGCUCAGAAUGGAGAAGGAGAAUCGAAUCUUGCUGAUGCACGACAUGAACCGACUGAGCGAAAUCUACGAGGCGAAGCACGCGAGGAUGAGGCAGGCAAACGACGAGAAGGACGAGCUGAUACGAAGACUAAAAGAAAAGUUGCAGCUCGUGCAGGCGGGAGAAAUUCAGGUCGAACCGCAAGCAGGACGCCUGGUGGUGAAACCAGAGCUAUGCAAUGAGAGCACACAGACUGUCUUGUUGCAAGAGCCCUCCUCCUCCAGUCUCUCCACGUCCAAAUCCGACGUGGCGGGAGAGCUUGACAGAAACAGCCGCUCCCCAGAUUCGCAUCACUCUCAACGAAGCUCGACAAACUCUGUCAUGUCUCAGGUCUAUACUCGCAAACAGAAGAAGCGAGAUGAGCUGACAUUAGAUUCGCAGCUGGAAACGAGCAUGAAGUUAGAAUACAACAUUCGACGAUCCAACUCUCUUCGUCUGGAGCUCCUAAAUGCCAUUGAUUCUGCACAGCGUGUAAUGAAAACAUUUCAUUUGUGA